UCUUAAGAAAGGGCAGAAGGGACUCCAACAUGGGAGAUAGUUUCCAUGAGCAGCUGACAGAGGAUGGCGCUUUCCUCAGAGCAGAGAGGAGACUGGACACAGAGCUGGUGGACAAAAUCAUUCUCCAGCUCAACAGAAUCUACCCUCAAAUGCUUACAGACAAGGAGGCCACAAAGUUCCGAAAGUUGGACGUGCCCACGCGCGUCCGACUGGGUGAGCUCCUGACUCACUUGCAGGCUAAAGGCGAGGAAGCAUGCAGGGAAUUUUACAGGGCGCUUCACCUGCAUGUUGAGGACGUAUACUAUAGCUUGCCAACACGCCUCCGUCUCCGAGGUUUGCCUCUGAUACUUCUUCCAUCAUGUAGUAACCAAGCAAAUUCUGUUGAUCCUAUCACAUUUCCAAGUGCCUAUAAAGAGAGACAUGUUAUGAAUGACAAAGGUCCCCUCUUCUUUAUAAGCUGCUUCAGUGUUGCAGUUGGACUGGCAUUAGUCUAUUACUUAGGUGAAGCCAAAGUGACUGGAGGAAGUGGGGCCCUUGGGAUGGCCGCUUUGGGUUUGAAAAGAAAAGCCAGCGAGGUUCUUGUAUGGUACACAGAAGAAAGUUUCAAGAAGUAAGGAUCGACUGACCCUCUGGGGCCACGGGCUGCAGCAAACCUUCAUUUGAACCAAAACAGAGCACCAUAAUUUGCCUUUCAAGUGGUCAAUACUGUUUUUUUUUUUUAAAAAACACAUUUGUAUUUAUUAGUUUAGGGGUCCAAAAUAAGAAUGAGGGGGGAACAUUUGGGUCUACAGUUGGCACUUUGCUUAUAUUUGAUAGAGGUAAAAAAAAUAAAAAUAAACACUAUAAUUUCUAUAAACUUUAAAUGUGCAAAUAUUGUAAAUACAAUAUGCGGUCUUGUUUUUUAAUGCACCCAUUUUAACUCGGUCUAUUAACUUUGUAUUUAAUUGAAUGAGUUCAUUAUUUUGAUGUCAAACCAAAAAAAAAAGUUCUGCGCAAACUUCAACAUAAACAAUUUGGUACUUUGUUGCCCUCGUGUGGUAAAGAGAGUACAUUAACAAAGACAGUCUGUUCAGGCGGGUUUAAAACGCGAUUCGCGAAGAUAUAUACUGUCUGUUUUUUUUAAAGUGCCUAGUCGUAUAAAGAGAUAAAAUAAAGUAAUACCAAUUAGUGACUUUAUAUUUAGAUAAGAAGUACGACUGUUCUCCAAUGCGCGCUGCAGUCACGUGACUUCCCUUAUGUGCCUUCACUAGCCAAUCACUUCCAGCUCCUGUGCGCAGUGCAUCAUGGGUGUCACUGUAAACUGGAAAAAUAAAUAAAUUCUAAAGGAAAACACAAACGACUUAUAGAAAAGAAGAACGUACAGUGUAAAGAAAGAUUUAUUUUUUCUUAUCGUUUUGCAAAAGUUAAUUUGGUAUUGCUAGCACCGUAAGUGAACAGUAACCGCCUGGGUGUGACUAUAAAACGCCAUAAUGCUGAGUGUAGUAAUUGUGUUGUAUGAAAGGAGAGAAGGUUAGCACUCCCCUUGACAAGGAUGGAAAUGGCCCCUGUGGCCUGCAACACAUAUACGGUUAAGGCUUUGCCACCUACUUCGUGGCAUCUCUAACCAAGUUUUUU